AUGCCUUACACUCCCCCCAGCCCCUCUCCCAAUGCAUCCCACUCUCAGUCACGGACGAGCAGUCGGUCAUCGUCAUUCUCUGAAAUACCAUCUCCCUCCGCUGCUAUAAAUCUGAUCACACCUGCGAAGCCCCAGCCCACCAGGUCGACGUCUUAUCUUAACAAGACUCGUCGUUCUUCUCUUGGUGGGCCGAGGCCCGGAGAUGCUAAGCCAGUUCACUUUAUGAUGUCCCCGCCCGGUGGAAGUGGCCCAAUAUUACAUCCUCCCAGGUCGACAUCGGGAAGCAGCAUUCGACAGGCCCCACCGGUCCCAAUCAUGUCCACAGGCGUUGUCAUCUCUCCUCCCGACUCGUCACAGAACUCCAGCGACGACGAAGCCGAGAACAACAGGAUCAAGCGUGGACGUCAGCUUGUUGACGUUAAGGAGUUGGAAGCUGCCAUCAGAAACAGUAUCCCUCAGAGAAGGUCUGCAUCGCCUGUCAUGGAACCCAAGCCUGAACAGGUAUUUAUCGAACAGAGGUCACCAGAAAUCUUAAGUGCUCGUAUCCACCAGAAGUUGGCACAUGUUGUCGGCCAUGCUAGAUCGGCAUCCGAUGUCACUGGGUCGGGACGAGUACCAACAAUCCGACAGCCAGAGGAACCCAAAAGAAGUCAGAGCCAGAAUGGAUCUCCAAAUAUGGAUGAUGAUGAAGAUGAUGAUUAUCAGAUAGCACCACCAAUGGUUCGCAAGAAGAGUGGUGAGCUUGUCAAGUCCUCCCUGAAAAGCCCAAACCUCAGGAGAAGGCCCUCGAGCAUGCCUUCCACACCGACAUAUCCCAAGGUCGUCCACUUCGAUGCUCAUCUCGAACAUGUUCGACACUUCCUCCACUCCGAGCGUCCGACAGCCGUUAGUGCAGGGUCUUCACCAGUUGAGUCCGGCAUUGAUACUGAUAACGAAUAUCCCUUCCCUUCGUCUGAUGAACCGCCAUUUGAGUGGGAGAUCGCUACACCCAACUUCCCGGAUCGUUCUGAUAGAAGCUCUGCUGUGGUUCGCGUUGAGAAGGUUCUUCUUUCCCACGACAAGAAGUCCCUUCUCGGCCAUGUGGCGGUCGCCAACAUCUCCUUCCAAAAAUUGGUCGUCGCCCGCUUUACUCUGGACUACUGGCAGACUACAUCCGAAGUCGCCGCAGAGUUUACUAAUGAUAUCCGCCGCAGACACUUGGAGGAUGGGUAUGAUCGUUUCACCUUCAAGAUCAAGCUCGAGGACAUGGCCAACCUGGAGAACAAGACUUUGUUCUUCUGUGUUAGAUACCGUUGCAACGAUCAGGAAUUUUGGGAUAACAACAACUCUAUCAACUACCAAGUCGACUUCAAGAAGAAGGCUAUUCCACAGCACGGGAAGUCCGGAGCAUCGUCCGCGUCCUCCCGACCGCUGCCGCGCAGCAGGGGUGUCACUUCAUCUGCUCCACGACCAAGGUCUAUGCCGAUCUUUGAUGACUCCUUUGAUGCUUAUGAUUUGAAGACCCAACCGGAAUACAAGAUGUUUUCUCAUGCCGUUGACCGACAAAUGGAUAUGCGACCAGCCAAACCUGUCAAGAAGACCAGUGCCGUCGACCCGGAGGCCCUAGCACGUCGAGCAAAUCCGUCUGGGAAUGCCUUCGGCAAUCGAUACGACUUCGGUGCUUCUUUGGCAGCAGCUAUGGCUACCGCUACCACUGUUCUCGGUCCUGAGCGAAGUGGUCUCAAGUUGAAGACCAACUUGAAGGAGGAGAAGCCGGCACCGAACCCGUACUUUCAUAGUCUGACUACGAAUAGCGGUCUACCUCGGUCCCACUCUUCCCCCGCGCUCAGUGCGACGUUCACUACCGCAAGCGACAAGCAGAUCCCUCGAGUAACCCUGGAUACCACUACCCCUGCUGCCACCCCAGUCCCGACUCCGACCUUCAAGCCCACACCCUUGGAUGCCCUCAAGUCCCUCGGUUCCGAUAGGAAGCCUUCCGUCGAGUCCGCCUCGUACAAGGAAAUUCUUGAGAACUUCUGCUUUUUCGGCUCUGCCAAAUCUUCGCCAUCCUUAACAACUGGUUCUUCCAUGCCAAACCGGCCAGAGGGACCCGGUCACGAGAAUCACUCACUCGCGGCCACUCAUUACAAGAUGUCCUCCCGAUCCCCAUCACCACCUCAUCAGGGAUUGGAUGGAGCCAGUGGACGCAACUUUACCACAUCGCCUUCCACAUCCUCCUCCUCCCAGGGUUCCCAGAAGGGAUCUAGGUCCCCGUCACCAUCGCACAUCUACGGCUUUCCGGCCACCACACCCUUCGACAUCCGUGCUCCCAUCCAAACCUAG